AUGGAAAUAGUAAAUGAAGGAUGGGUUUUUAAACAGUCUAAGUAUUUGAAGAAGCUAAGAAAAAGAUAUAUGAUAUUGACAAAAAAUUUUAUUUGCUCAUUUAAGUCUGAAUAUUAUCAGGCAGAAAAACCGACGGAAAUAUUAUACCUUAACAAGUUCACUGAACUAACUUCAUUGGAAGAUAUACGAAAAAUUAAACAUGCUGAAAACGAGUUGGGUCUUUCGAAUAUUCAUUUAUUUAACAUAAGUUACAAAAACAGAAAUAUUCUAUUUGUUACUGUAGAUGAAAAUGAAAAAAACAAAUGGAUAA